CACUAUGUUGGUUUUCUCAUGGUGUGGCUCCCUUAAUGUUUUGGACAAAUAUAAUAUACAUUUAUUGACUGGCAAUCCAUUCAAUAAGUGUUUUAUAACAGAUCGUAAGACAUUAAUUUUCACAAUCUUAUUUUUUGAAUGUUAUUAAUCUAGUUAACACAUGUUAAAUAUAAACUAGUGUAGAACAUACAUGUACUAUGGACUUGCAAAUCAUAUAAAAAGUAAUAUAUCAAAAUGUUAUGUCGGAUCUUUGCAGAGGCUUCAAUUAAAAUACAAAAUCAAUCAAUAACAUUAACCAUUAAAGUGGCGAAAACGAAAGUAGAAUCUAGUCUCGGGUUACCCAUGAUCCAUUUGUAUAUCGAUUGUUCGUACUUUCGGUUUAAAGUUAAAAGGACGAUAAAAAGAACAGGAAAAUCAAGAAAAUCCAGGAAAGAAAUACGGCAAAUUAUGGGAAGUAAACCAAGUUCACAAAGGGGAAUAAUCAUAGUACCCGACACAUCGGACAAUGAACAUAACCAACCUGGUGAAAUUAUAGAAGAGUCCGGGAAUGCAAAUGACGCAAUUAUUCUGGAACGACCUGAUUAUAAACUUGAUCCCGAUUUCCGAGAUCCUCUGCUGGUUAUUGCUAUCGAUUUUGGGACAACUUACUCUGGAUAUGCGUUUGCGUUCAAAGGUUACAAAGGGAAAAUAUUUACCGCAAACCACGGCUUCACACAAGAAGAUGACCGAGUUCCAACUAUAGUUCUGCUCAACCCAGACAAAACUUUCAAUUCGUUCGGAUAUGAAGCGCAAGAAACGUAUAGCAAACUGAACGAAGAAAAAGUCAACUAUUUUUAUUUCGAACAUUUCAAAAUUGCACUUUCCAAGACAACGGACCAAUCAAACAAAGCCGAAAUCAGGGACAGCAAUGGUCGACCAGUUGACGCGAAACACAUAUUUGUUAUGCUGAUUGAAAACCUACUAGAACUUGCUAUGGAUAUCGCAAAGGGCUUACGGAAAGGAGACAUUUCCUGGAUCAUAACUAUUCCUGCGACAUGGUCAGAUCUGGCUAAGAGGACCAUCCGAGAGUCCGUCUUGUCUGCGGGUAUAGAAAAAAGAAAUUUACGCUUCGUUCUUGAGCCGUAUGCAGCAGCUCUGUAUUGCAUGCAGAUGAAUCUGAGCACAGGCAUUGGCAUAAGCUCAGAAUAUGAACCAACGAGUGCCGAAGAUCAGUUUGUUGAGAGCAACAAAUACAUUAUAGCGGAUAUUGGAGGAGGCACGUCAGAUGUAUGGGUUUUUGAAGUGCUUGGCGAAAGAGAAUUAAAAGAACUGCAUAGAGCUACUGAAGAAAUCGGCGGCCACUCGGUGAAUUCUGAAUUCUCUGAUCUCAUUGCAACACUAGUUGGAGAAACUGUUUGGUCAAAGUUUGUUAACAAUCACACAGCUUCAUAUCAAGACUUUAUGAGAAACUUCGAAAGGAAGAAAAAGUCAUUUUCAAGUGAGAAAGAAGCCGUAACAAUGUCAGUUGAAAAUGCGCUCUUAGAUGUGCUAGCAAACACAACUGGAGAAACGUUCCAAGAGGUCGUGGAGAAAAUUGGCGCAAAUGACAAAGUUCUGUUUAAACCGCAGUUUAAUAAAUUAACACUGGACAAAGAAACAAUGGAAGAACUAUUUGAGCCAUCCCUUAAUGGCAUUCUACGCCUAUUAGAAGAAACACUAGAUACAUGUCAGGAAUGGAGUGUCCACACUUUGUUCUUGGUUGGUGGAUACUCAGAAUCGCCUUAUCUAAGGGAGAAAAUCAUCUCUAAAUUUAGUCACGUAAGAGUUGUCUUCCAUGAAGAUGCUAAACUGGCCGUUUUGAAAGGAGCAGUGAUGAUGGGCUACAAAGCCGACACAGCAGCAAAUUUCAGUUAAAACACAAGAAAAAAAAAAUUGUAGGAUAUAGCUAUGUCCGACUUUGAUGACAUUUUGUGUCCGGGUAUACAUGCUAGUCAUAAAUUUUCCGAUGAGGGUAUAAACCGUGCAACAAUUCUA